AUGAAUACCGGUGACACCUACAUGCUAAGGUACAACAAAAGAAAACACCUAGCACUGCUACUAUUCGAAUUAAUAAAAUAUGAAAAAAAAAAAGAUGACUUCAAGCCAGAUUUUGAAAAUGAUGAAUUUUACAACCAGGUAGAAAACUUGAUAAAAUUGUUAUUCAAUUAUAUAUUUAAUUUAAGUGAAGAAAAUUACACAGACUGCAAUGAUCACAUCCCUCAUGGAUGUUAUCAUUCCAGUUCUUCCGAAAAUUUAAGCGACGUUUUAACAAAUUCUAGUGAAGAUGAUGAAGAACUAUCGAACUUUUUCUCAUUUAAGGGAGUCCAAGCGCAGGAAGGGGACACUUCACAUAUUGAUAAUGCCGAAAGGGAGUACAAACUGGAAUACAUACAGUCCAAUAGAGGGGGUGUGAAUGCUAAGGAGAGUUCCAUGGCGACCUCCAGAUCAUCUUCUAGCAGCGCGUCCAACACAGAUGACAAUAUAUACAAUGUUACAAGUGUACCCUUAAAAAAGGACAGACCCAAUAAGGCAUCUUUCCAAAAACAGAAUCAUCAAAAAGAAUCACCUCACGAAAGAAAUAAUAACCAUAUGUCUGAACAUUUUUUCAAUCUUAAUUUAAAAUGCAACCAAAAUACACAAACGAUAAAGGAAAAAAAGAAGGUGGAAAAACAAAUAUUAACCAUCUACUAUAAGACCUUCUCAUCUAAUAUCAUUGAUAUGCUUUUAAAUAGUUUAACCGUAGAAAUUUCAGAUGUUAUUUUAUUCUUCCUUUUCGAUAACGUUGGAAGUGUUGACGAUAUUAGUUCCUUCUUUACCAAGGGACAUUACACCUUUGAGAUGAUACACACAUACAUUCAUAAGAGAGAAUUUACUUGUGAUGAGACGACUUCAGGUAAGGGAACAUAUAAAAAUAGAUGUGAAAACAGUCCAUCCGAUUUUAAAAGAAUUCACCAAACAGAUGAUACUAAAAGUAUAACCAUCAUGUGCAAGGAACAAGAGGGGCAUACAAAUAAUAUGGCGGGAAAUUUUUUGAGAGGACAAAAUAUAGAGGAACGGAGCCCCCCCCUUGACGCCAAAAGUAAGAUUGAAGGAGGUCCAUGUCUGAAUCAAGAAUGGCCUACUACAAACACCAGCGCUCAAGGAAUCACAGAAGAUGACACAGAAAAUGGUGCAAACGGGGAAAAUGAGGAGGAAAACGGUACCUACUACCUAAGCGAAAUAUUGCCUGAAGAAGAUGUAAAAGAUAUAAACCACCCCUCGACCAACAACCAUCCUCCAGACGUUUCUAAACUAAGAAAUGCUUCCAUCAAAGAAGACACAUUAAUCGUUGAAGAUUUCCACUUCCAGUUAAACAAGUCUUCUGUUUUGCUCAACAAAUUUAUCAGCAUCUUAAAUGUACAUUUGGAGAAGCAGAAACAUUUCAAAUUUUGCACUGAUAUAUUUUUCGUAAAAAAUUUAAGGUUGAGCUUUUUGGAAGCAUCCAAGCCGUGGAUUUUCUAUUGGUGUAUUCACACUAUCUACAUCUUACAUAACGAUGUAGAGAUUGAGCAGAAGUUAGGUAAGAGCACCUUCCGUUAUAUAAAACAGUGCGUCUUCGUCUAUCUAAAUAAAAUAAAAAACGAAAAUGGAGCCUUCGGAGGUGGACUAAAUCAGUACACACACAUAGCGACUACCUACGCGGCGGUAUGUGUAUUUAUAUACCUGCACGAUGAGGAAAAUAAUUUUUUAAGCUUUCUCGAUAGAAAAAAAUUACACUCCUAUAUUCUUAAGUUAAAAUGUAAAGAUGGUUCAUUUCGAUUACACAGAAAUGGGGAGAUAGACAUGAGAGGUACCUACUGUGCUAUAGCAGUAUGUUCCAUGUGUCACAUACUAACUAAUCAAGUAAAAAAAAAUGUGGAAAAAUAUAUUCUGUCCUGUCAGAAUUACGAAGGCGGAUUUACAAGUGAGAAAUUUCAGGAAAGUCACGGAGGUUAUACCUAUUGCGCCUUAGCUACUUUAUGCAUUCUAGGAAAAGUUCAAAAAGUGAAUAUGAAUAAAUUAGUACACUGGCUAAUUAACAAACAAGGGAACUUAGAGGGCGCAUUUAUGGGAAGAACCAAUAAGUUAGUGGACGCUUGCUACUCAUUCUGGAUUGGAUCCAUUUUCUUUCUAAUAAAUGAAAUGCAUAUAUUAAAGCAGUUCCUCCGGAGUUCCAAAUAUGAAAGUAAAAAAAAGCGUAUUCGUGGAAGAGGACAAAUUGUGGAUAACAAGGAUUCCCUCAAUUUUAAUGCGCCAAAAAAUUUUGAAAAAUUAAAUGCAAUGGGAAGCAGUUCAAAUGGGGUAAAAGGUGAACAUCCCUCUAUCGACGAAGCGGAUAACCACGGAACGAUUAAUAAAGCUAAAGGCAGUGAUCACUUCGACUGCAUAGAUGCACCGUCCAAAUUUGACCACAUGAGGAAGAAGAAUACCCCCAUGACAAAUCAAAUACAUAAAGAAAAAAACAACUUUGAAAAAUACAAAAAUAAUUUUCUGCAAAAAGAAGUCAUGUUUAAUAUGAAUUUCUUAAAGCUCUAUUUGCUCGUAUGCUCUCAAAGCAAUAAAGGCGGCAUGAAGGACAAGCCGAUGGAAAAAGUUGAUUAUUAUCAUACGUGCUAUGCCUUAAGUGGCUUGUCAAUAAUAGAAAACUACAUAUUCUCACAUCAGCCAGACAAUGAGAAAUACAGUAUGGACUAUAUGAACCACCUGAACAGAAUUCACAUCCUUUACAAUAUAACCGUUUCAAAGGUAUACAAAAGUUACACCUACUUUUCGCCCUCUUUCCCGCUAAGUGAAAACAAGGUUAACCACCGAGUUGGGAAGGGUGCUUACUUAUAUUUAAAGCGUCUCCUUUGCUGA